AUGUCCCAUAUCGACAGUGAAGAAGAGUCUGAAACCUCAAGCUCGGAGGCAACCAACGAGCGUUGUCUAUACGAUUAUGAUCAAUGCAUCGCCGCCCUAAACGGGAAAAAAAUCCCUGACGAUCUUUCUUCUACUACAGCACGAUGUGCGGUAGUUCGAGGACUACGCUGCUCUCACGAUUUUGCAAUGAAUCCAGACAUAAUUGCUCUCUGCACCUCCAAUCCAGCCCGCUACCCUGAGCUCGUUCGUGCACGCAAUGCACGACUAAUUAUGAGCAAUAUUGUUCCCGAUGGACUGGAUGGACUUGAAUAUAACGCCCGGCCUUAUUGUAUCUGGCAUCCAGAUAUAGCAGGAGAAGACACGUAUCGCCAGCUCGCACAUCGCUACCCAUCUAUGCGUUACCAGGUUGGACGGGCAUGUGCUGCAGCGGGAUAUAUUGAUCUUUACCGUGAAUUAGAUCUGCUUCCUGAUAUCUCUAUUGCUGAGGAGGCCCGGGAGGGAGACGUGAAUACUGAAGGUGGAAACAAAAUUUAUCAAUUGAUCAUGUCUUCGCCGUUAAAAUAUGCUGUGAUGGAUGAUUUCGAGAGAUUUGUUCAUGAUGAUAUCGACAAGCCACAAGUACCUGCUUUUUUAAAAGGAGAUACACAUGUACGGUGGAAAUUGGAGUGGCGAAUCACGCUUGAAAAUGACGACGAAUCUUGGCCUAACAAAAUCGACAUUGAUAUUGAAGAGGACCAAGGUCUAGGUCUUGAGCGUAGCAAACCAGACCGGUAUCGCUAUGAUUAUCUCACCCCAGAAGAAGCCACACUACUCUGGGAACCCCUACCACUCGAUAUACCAACAUUGAAGAAGGACCUCCUACGACAAAUGGCCGCCUACGAGGGAAAUGUCGACCGAUAUGUUCGUCUCGGACCAGAUCCUCGUGUUCAGAGCACCAUGCACGAUAUCGAGCACCUUUGCAUUAUCCGUGGGAUCUAUCACAAUACCAUGUUUGCACGAUGGUGGCAGCAGAAGCUAGACACGAAUACAAAUCUUGGCCGGGUUUAUGAUAAGUCUGAUAUCCAAAUCGCUAUCAACGCCCGUCGGGUCAUGAUCAACGAUAUUGGGACCUUCACUGAUGAUAACCCACAUCUCCCUUGGCUGAUUUGGUACCCUCUUAAGCCAGAGGUAUCUGCAUUAUCCACUCUGGCCGACCGAUGUCCAUCCAUGUAUGAGCAGAUUGCAAUCACAUCUAUCUAUUGUGACUACCAGAAUCUAUACCAACGACUCAGUGCCAGUAUCACACCUACUGCGGGUCUCAUGGAGGCUGCAAAGCAAGUCGGUAAUACUUUCUACCUGGAGGACUUGCAAAAGCGUUCGGCAGAGUUAGGUGUUGACCCUUACAAAUAUUCGUCGAGACGCGAGUUUGAUGAUCCAGAUUUCGCUAUCGAUAUGGAACCAACUGGGCUCGGAAUUUAUCCACGUCUUCGUGCCGAUGUGAUGGAUGUUCCAUUUAUUCCGGGCUUUCAUAGAUACAAGAAUGCGUUCGGGGGGUGGGGACCGGAUGAGCAUCUUCUUAGCAAUGAUUUGAGGUAUUUUGAAACACAUGAGCUUGGGAAAGAUGAGCAUGGUCGUGACCUUAUUGUGGAAACGGUUCAUGCGGAAGAAAACUAG